AUGUCAGAUAAUGGUACAAAUUUUGUAGGCGCAAGUAAAGCAUUACUUGAUGAAUACGCUGCAUUUCUUAGACAAUCUUCUAAAGAGAUAUCUGAAAAAUAUGCUCUCCACGGCUUCGAAUGGAAAUUCAUACCACCUAGUGCACCGCAUAUGGGAGGCCUGUGGGAAGCUGGAGUUAAAAGCUUCAAGCUUCACUUUAGGAAGGUUGUAGGGAAUCAAAAAUUUAAUUUCGAAGAAUUUUCUACUCUUUUAGUUAGAAUUGAAGGCGUUCUUAACUCUCGUCCUUUAUCUCCGAUGACCGAAGACCCUGAGGAUUUAAACGUAUUAACUGCCGGACACUUUCUACGAGGUGCGCCUAUAAUGGUUCCACCGGAAAUGGCAGAGGAUGACUUGAAUAUCUCCCUUCUUAACCGAUGGGAGAAACUAAAGGCUCUUCAUCAUCGAUUUGCGCAAAGAUGGAAAGCAGAUUAUUUACAAGAACUGCACAAACGCUACAAAUGGCGUUACCCGAAGAAGGAGUUACUAGUGGGAGAUUUUGUUAUUGUAAAGGAUGAAUUACUUCCGCCUAAUGAUUGGAGAUUGGGCCGCAUUGAAACCGUCUAUCAUGGAUCGGAUAAAAGAAUAAGAGUAGCUGAUAUCCGAACACAGUGUGGUUUGGCAGCGGCCAAGGCAAUCGUCAGCGACACAUUCUGCACAAGCCGAUCCGUUCAAGACCGGCUUCAAAUUAACCGCCGUAUAGUUGACAGAGCAGCACCACCACCUCCACCAGUUCGUAGGUUGCAACAACAAGCUCGUCGUAUAAAUAAUCGCGAUGAGUCGAGCUCUGCUUCUGGAGAGAUUGUAACCGCCCGACAGUUGCGCUCAAGUAGAAGGCCUACUUCUAUACAACGGCAGUUAGAGCAACAAUCUGCAGGCCAAGCAACCACCCACCAGCUACUUCGAGAAAUGGUUGCUACAAUUAACCGACUCAGCGAUGCAAUUCUUGUUGCACCUGUGCAAGGGGGCCGGCAUUUUGAGGCCCGUGAUGAUGUGGAGGAGGACGACGAUUUUCUCGAUAUCGAAAUGGAGCCUCUUUUAUAA